CAGACGCUGAACAAUGCCGCCCAAACAGAACAAUUUAAAGCUUCCAGCUAAGCUCAUUGAUGAGCUGGGAGGACAAGAUGCUCUCUCUGGAGAUUCUAAACGACGUUUUCACACAGCGACGAGAAAGGAAAAUAGGAAAGCAGAGCGAGCACAGAAGAAGGCCUUGAGAAAUGGACCUCCUCCACAAAAGAGAUUGAAGUCACAGCAUACACAAGGCCCGGAUGCGCCCUACGAUAGACCUCCUGCCCUUCCACAACCUCCUCCGCGCAUGAAGCCUCUUCAGGAUGACGCCGAAAACAUUCCUCCAAAACCGAAAUCGAUUUUGAAGCGCACAAAUAAAGAAGACCCCGUCCCUCCUAAGGCUCGUUCGAUUUCACCACCUGUGAAGAUAUCAAAAUCUGUUAAGGAUAAAUUAGCUGAGGACGAUGCGGAAAUUGCUGCUUUAGAACGGAAAUUGGGCCUGAAAGGGAAGAAACGCCUGCCGCAGUCCUUCAAGGAUGAUGGUCUUGAUGCGCUUCUGGAAGGCCUGGACGAGGAUUCAGAUUCAGAUGCUCACCAGAAAAAGAAGAGAAAGGCCGAGGGAGACGAAUGGCUUGAGCGAAAGCGACAGGAAGCAAGACGAGCAAAGGGUCUGGAUGUCAGUACAGACGAGGAAAGCCAAAGCCAAACCGACGAUGGGGAAUUCGAUGAUGAGGAUUCGGAAGAAGAUGAUCAGCACGACGAUGAUGAUGGAGCAUCUGAUAUGUCAUUGGAUGGACCUGAAUUCCCAGAUGAUGUCUCGGAGGACGACUUGAGCGAUCAGGCGGACGAGGAGACACUCGACACGGAGGAUGAUUUUGCCGGCUUCGAAUCUGACGAAGACGGCUCGGAAAAUGAAGCAUCCCCAGAAACUCAGCCACGAGUUCGUGAGAAUCCUUACGUUGCGCCUACGGCUGGAAGCGAUGCACCGUCUACGAAGUAUAUUCCACCAUCCUUACGGAAACUUUCGUCCUCAGACUCGGACAUUUUAGUUCGUCUACGGCGACAGACACAGGGCUUGAUAAACAGAUUGACAGAAGCCAACUUGAUCUCCAUCCUUGGGGAAGUUGAGAAGCUCUACCGUGAGAACGCUCGCCAGCACGUUACAUCAACGCUCGUGGAUGUUCUCUUGACGUCGGUCUGCGAACCCACAACCCUGCCCGAUACCCUUAUUAUCCUCCCUGCUGGGUUUAUCGCGGCGGUCUACAAGAUUAUUGGCACGGAUUUUGGCGCCCAAGUCAUCCAGAGAAUAGUUGAGCUCUUUAACGAGCAUUAUCAGCGUGCAACCGACGCCCAGGAAGGGUCGGCUGCUCCCACAUCUGAUAUCAGUAAAGAGACAUCAAAUCUUAUCAUGCUACUCUCAGAGAUGUAUAAUUUCCAAGUAGUUGGAAGCAACCUUGUUUUCGAUUAUAUCAGACUCCUGUUGGGCAAGCUAUCAGAGUUAAAUGCCGAAUUGCUAUUGAAGAUAAUUCGCACAUCUGGUCCACAGCUACGCCAAGAUGACCCAACAUCACUCAAAGAUAUCGUUGCAUUGCUUCGCCCUGGCACUGCAGCUGUCGGCGGGGAAAUGUCAGUGCGAACGAAAUUCAUGAUCGAAACUAUCAACGAUCUCAAGAACAACCGGAUGAAGACCGGUAGUGCUGCAUCAGCGGUUACGUCGGAGCACACGAUCCGUAUGAAGAAGAUUCUGGGGACCCUGAACACGCGGAAUAUCAAGGGCAGUGAGCCACUGCGUAUUGGACUCAAAGAUAUCCAGGAUUCUGACAAGAAAGGAAAAUGGUGGCUUGUUGGUGCUAGUUGGUCAGGACCGACCGAAGAAGAAAUCCAUGAUUCCGCAGCCGCCGUGUCUGGCACUGCUAAGCGGCCUCGAGUCGAAGACUCCGGGACGUCAGAUCUUGCUCAACUUGCCAGGGAACAACGCAUGAAUACGGAGGUCCGGCGUGCCAUCUUCAUCGCUAUAAUGUCUGCAUCAGACUACCAGGACGCUUACCUGCGAAUAUCGAAGCUCCGGCUUAAGAAGAAGCAAGAAUUUGAAAUUCCCAAAGUCUUGAUCCAUUGUGCCGGGGCUGAAAAGAGCUACAAUCCAUAUUAUACAUUGAUUGCAAAGAGGCUUUGCGGCGAUACUAGGCUCAGAAAGUCGUUUCAGUUCAGCUUAUGGGAUCUCUUCAAGAGGAUGGGCGAGUCCGAUGACAGUGACGAUGUCCCAGGGGAAGAUGACCAGGAUUCGCUAGAUACGAGGCAAAUCGUCAAUCUAGCAAAAAUGUUUGGCACGCUGAUUGUUGAGGGUGGAUUGAGUCUUGCAGUUCUCAAGAAGCUGAACUUGACUUACCUCCAGCCAGGGACGAAAACUUUCAUAGAAGUGCUCUUCAUCACCUUCUUCCUCCAGUCCCAGAAACAGGCUGGGGCCAACAAGGACGAGCAGGCGGUGGCAAAUGUCAUGAUGAAAGUCAAAGGCUCUCCUCAUCUGAUCACGGGCCUGCAAUACUUCUUGAGGAAAGUUGUAAACAAAACAGAUAUAGCUGGGGGCAAAGAGCAGAAGGCUACUGUGAAAUGGGCUUGUAAAGUAGCCAUUAAUGCCCUGGAGGAGUUGGCUGUCAUUGAUACUGUGAAUAAUUGA